GUAGGUUGUGUUACGAUACUUCCGGGGAAAAAACAUGAGUCGAUUUGCGUUUAGAAAUCGUCCUAGGAAAUUAUCCAAGGCCAUGGGCCAUAAUUCUGGUCCACCUGGCAGAGAACUACGAUUGCAGAAAACUAUUUCAAUGCUACUGCGUUUUCAGAGAAUUGAGGGAAGUUGGGGAGUCAUCAAUGAAACUAGAGAAUAUACAGAAGCACUUAUUGAAAGAGCUAUCAAAAAGGGACCAGAAGACCCAGAAAUGAUGAAACUUGCAAAUCAUUGGCUUUUGGAGAAGGAUCUAGUCCACAUGUUGUUCAAGGAAUAUGUUCCCAGAUUCAGUCAUCCCAAGUAUCAAAAUCAGCCUUACCUCCAAUUGUACAAGAUUGAAAUGCAGCCAGGCAGACAAUACAUGACACAGAUGGGAUGUCUGGAAUUGAAAGAGAAUCCUUGGCCAAAGGUUAAGCCUGACCCACCAAAUACAGAGGGGCAGCUUCACAACGUUUUACUGAAGGCAUUCUUUGAGGACAAAAGAAAAUUCUCUGGAAAUCAUCGUCACCAUGCAAGUACCAAGCCAGAGUUUGACAAUGUGAAGGACAUGGAAAAUUUAACUCUGAAUCAAGAUGUGAGCCAAAGUGAAACUAUAAAAAAUAUGGACAAAGACUCAGUAAGUGCUGAAAAUCAGAGUGCACAGUCUUCAAAAAUGGACAAGUCCGAAAAUUCAAAAGAGGAAGAGGUGGUUGAUGCGGUAUUGCUUGAUAACAAAAGUGAUAGAGAACGACCCAAUACAGAAAAUAAAUGUUGAAAAAAGUUGUUUUUUUAAAAAAAUUUCUAUGUUUACUGUAAGUUUGGUCGAUUGUCGGAUAGCUUGAAUACAAUGUUUGAACCUUAUAGUCUAUCAGAAAAAAGACAAA